AUGUCUACUGAAUACGUGGAGGACGUCAAAAACCCUGAUGAAAAACAGGUCAACUUAGCUAAAAAACUAUCAAAUAACUCUUCUGAUAUUGGUUACUCUGAUAAUCAAAUUGAUGAAUAUUUGGCAAAGUUUUUAGAUAUUUCAAAUAAUGCUCAAGGUAAUGAAAGUGCUGAAAAAAGUAUGACUUUGAAAGAAGGUUUGAAAACUUUCCCAAAAGCUGCCAUGUGGUCUAUUGUCCUUUCAAGUUCUAUUAUCAUGGAAGGUUAUGACACAAAUUUAUUAAACUCUUUCUUUGCCCUACCAGGUUUCAAUAAAAAAUAUGGUCAAUACUAUGAAGAUCUUGGUGAAUAUCAAAUGCCAGCUAAAUGGCAAACAUCAUUAUCUAUGGCAGUGUACUGUGGUGAAGUUAUUGGGUUGUUUAUUGCCGGUGUUGUUGCUGAUAGAUUUGGUUUCAGAAAGACUUUGAUAUCGGCUUUGACUACUAUCAUAGGGUUUAUCUUUAUUGUCUUCUUUUCUGUUAAUGUUGAAAUGCUAUUAGCUGGUGAAAUUUUGUUAGGUGUGUGCUGGGGUAUGCUACAGACAUUAGUCAUUACUUAUGCUACAGAUGUUUGUCCCUUAGUGUUGAGAGUUUACUUGACAACUUAUGUCAAUGCUUGUUGGGUUAUUGGUCAAUUGAUUUCUUCUGGUGUUUUACGUGGUAUUGUCUCUUCAAGUGAUCCUCAUGCUUAUAGAAUUCCAUUUGCAGUCCAAUGGGUCUGGCCUCUUCCAAUUAUAAUUGGUAUUUACCUUGCUCCAGAAUCUCCAUGGUGGUUAACAAGAAAGGGUAAAGCAGCUGAAGCCAAAAAGAACAUCAAAAGAUUAUUGACUGUGAAUGAACACACUCCUGAUGCUGAUGUUUUAGCAGAUGCCAUGUUCAACAAAAUGCAAUUGACAAUCAAGGAGGAAGAAUCCAUAUCUUCUGGUGUUUCCUAUGCUGAUUGUUUCAAAGGUGAUGAUUUCAGAAGAACAAGAAUUGCAGCUAUGAUUUGGUUAUUCCAAAACAUCACUGGUUCAGCAUUCAUGGGUUAUUCAACUUAUUUCUAUAAACAAGCUGGUUUAGCUGAAUCAAUGUCUUUCACCUUCUCCAUCAUUCAAUAUGUCUUGGGUUUGAUUGGUACUUUAGUUUCAUGGUCACUUUCUCAAAGAUUGGGUCGUUUUACAAUUUUCUUUAGUGGGUUAUGCACUCAAUUUGCUGUCUUGAUCAUCACUGGUGGUUUAGGUUUUGCUUCUUCAACUGGUGCAUCCUGGGCUAUUGGGUCACUAUUAUUAGUGUUUACUUUUGUUUACAACUCAACUGUGGGUCCAAUCACUUAUUGUGCUGUUGCUGAAAUGCCAUCUGUUAGAUUAAGACAAAAGACCGUCAUUAUUGCAAGAAAUGUUUACAACAUUGCAGGUAUUAUCAUUGCAAUCAUAACACCAUAUAUGUUGAACCCAACUGCUUGGAACUGGAAGGCUAAGACUGGUUUAUUCUGGGCUGGUUUCACUUUAGCUGGUAUUGUUUGGUGUUGGUUUGAGUUCCCAGAAACAAAAGGUAGAACUUUUGCUGAAUUGGAUAUCUUGUUCCGUGAAGGUGUUUCUGCAAGAAAGUUCAAAGGCCGUGAAGUUCAAUCUUUCAAUACUCAAGAAAUGAUUGACAAGAUGGGUGAAGAUGAAAUUAGAAACAUUGUUGAAGCAAACAAGAAUGAAAUAUUUGAGAAACCAUAG